CUCUAUCCCUCACAUCCGAACCGAGUCCACGAAAAUCAGCGAGGCGGGGAAACCAAUUCCUCUUAUUUCUUUUUGCACUACACACACACACUUGCACACACCUACGGUAUUCUUGCGUGUCUCACUGCUUUUACGUGACCCCAGCAGCCAAGCUCGCGCCUAAUCGCAUUCACUCAUUUCAUACAUACGUACCAACCUAGGUACCUACGGUAUUCUGAGAUACAAACUUGUAACUGUUCACUCGCUCUUAUCUUUCGUCACACGCCCCCCCCACACACCCCGCCGGCGCCGAGCUCGGCUGUCGCCCGGUUCCCCCCGCCCGCUAUAGACAUGGACACCCCGCCGGCGCCAUACGGCACCCCCGUCUCCGCCGGCACCGACCCAGCGAUUAUGCAGGCGCUCUCGUCGUCGGCUCAUAUUCCUUCGUUCGAGUCACAUCCCUCGGCGGCCACGGGGCAGUCAUCAGCAGCAGCAGCCGCCGCCGCCGCCGCCGCCGCAGUAGCUGCCUCCACGACAGGAGCCGCCCAAAGCCGCCCCUGCGACAUCUGCCGCCAGCGCAAGACACGAUGCGUCCGCGAGGAGGGCCUCGACAAAUGUGUCAUGUGUUCAUUCCAUCGACAACCGUGCACGUACCUUCGCGGCCCGCUCCCGCGCAAGCGCCGGAAGGCUACCGAUCCCCCGGAACAGCGCCCGUCCACUAAUGGUUCCGCCUCAGCGCCCGCAGGUCCUCCACCCGCUCCCGUCCCGCUGGACCCUCAGGAAGAGAUAACACAACCCUCUCCCGAGUUGCUAGAGGCCCUUUCGCCUUCCCUCGCCGGCUCGGAACACGCCGCAACCUUUAACCAGCCCUCCCUGCUCGACGGCACUCUUGGUCUGCAUCUCAAGACCCAUUCCGAGUACGUUGGCAACACGAAUUACCGGGAGCCCUCCCUGCUGGACUUACACCGGCCUCAUGACCCGGCCGUCAGGUCCGUCCGCCGCCUUGAUGAAUCCACUGUCUUUCUCAUCCACCGCGACCGAGAAACUUCUUCAGAACCUCAGAGAAUAGCCGACCUCGACGCCAUAGAAAAGGUCGUCCACCCCCUCGGCUCGACACUUGUGAACCUCUACUUCCGCAUCGUCCACCCCAGCUUCCCGGUCCUCCACAAAAAAGUCUUCCUGGAGAAGUACGCCCGCUCCUAUCAUGAGUUCUCCCCGCCCCUAUUGGCCGCCGUCUACCUCCUGGCCCUAGACUGGUCUCUCUACGACCGCACCCUGGCAACCUCCUCGUGGCAACCCGACCAGGCCGCCUUGGAGGCCCUAGCCCUUCGCACCAUGAGCGAUGACAUGAAACGACCCAAGAUCUCGACCCUCCAGGCGGGUUUGCUUAUCCAGCAGCGCUUCCGGAACAAUACCUGGACCUUUAUCGCUCAGCUCAUCGCCCUGGCACAAGACCUCGGCAUUCACGUGGACUGCAGCGACUGGGCGAUCCCGGACUGGGAAAAAGGCCUCCGCCGCCGCCUCGCCUGGGCGCUUUUCAUGCAGGACAAGUGGGGAGCUCUCGUCCACGGCCGGCCGUCGCACAUCCGUCUCGACGAGGACUGGGACGUGCGGCCAUGCUGCGUCGAGGACUUCCCCGAGAACGCCGCGGACGAGGAACACGAUCCGGAGGGCAGCGCUGAGGUCGUUGUCGGUCGCGAACUGUUCCUGCGCCAGAUCAAGCUGUCUCUCAUACUCAGCGACGUGCUCAGCACAUUCUACACGGCCAAGGCUACCCGUCGCGGCGGCACCCUCGACCAGAUCGGCACCGUAGGCGUCGCCGAGCUCGCCAAGCCCAUCGUGAUGAUGCUGCGGGAGUGGUACGCCAAACUCCCGGAAGCCCUACAGCUGCAAGAGACGCGUCUCAAGAAGCUCUCAGCAAACGGCUCCCUCCACCUCGCCUACAUCUCCAUAGACCUGGCCCUCCACCGCUCUCUGGUUCGCAACAUCUCCUCCAGCGCGCCGCCGGAGCUCCGCGUCGCCAUCCGCGCGGGCGCUCGCGCCCGCCUGGCCUCCGCCUCAGGCAUCAUCGCCAACCUGCAGAUGGAGCACAUCCAGUCCUUCUGGGGCUUCGCCGCCUCGGCCCAGCUCGCCGGCAUCGGCUCGUUCGCGGGCCUCCUAUGGGCCACCUCAGACGACGACGCCGAGGCCAUGUACUACGCCGACCGCGUCGAGGAGUACCUCUGGAGCCUGAGAGUGCGCGCGCAGGCGGCGCCUUUCGUGAGGGAGGCGCUUCGAAUGCUCGAGUCGGACGUCAGUGGGCUGGACGCCGUGAGGGCUGCCGCCGAGGUCAAGAUGUAAGGUUCGAAAGGCCGUCCGUCACUGCCCCCAAGGGAACCGCCCGGGGUUGCGGUCAUGGUGCCAUGUGGAAUAAAAAUGUACAUGGUUUUAUUUUCGUUUUCUUUUUCUAUCUGGGGAAAGUUGGAUGGGCUUCAUUCAUGCGGCAAGCUUUUCGAAUCUUAGUUUCUGGGAUACCCGUACACAAUACCUUGUAUGAGAGGCUGACGG